AGGUUACCUAGCUGGUGUCACCUUGUUCUGGGUUCAUCUUCUGCCAGGGCAAUAACUAUGUCAUGGAUCAAAGAAGGAGAGCUGUCACUUUGGGAGCGGUUCUGUGCCAACAUCAUAAAGGCAGGCCCGAUGCCCAAACAUAUUGCGUUUAUAAUGGAUGGGAACCGUCGCUAUGCCAAGAAGUGCCAAGUGGAGCGGCAGGAGGGCCACUCACAGGGCUUCAACAAGCUGGCUGAGACUCUGCGCUGGUGUUUGAACCUGGGCGUCCUAGAGGUGACGGUCUACGCGUUCAGCAUUGAGAACUUCAAACGCUCCAAGAGUGAGGUUGACGGGCUCAUGGAUCUGGCCCGGCAGAAGUUCGGCCGCUUGAUGGAAGAACAGGAGAAACUGCAGAAGCAUGGGGUAUGCAUCCGGGUCCUGGGUGAUCUGCAUUUGUUGCCCUUGGAUCUCCAGGAGCUGAUUGCACAAGCUGUGCAGGCCACCAAGAAUUACAACAAGUGUUUCCUGAAUGUCUGCUUUGCAUACACGUCCCGUCACGAGAUCAGCAAUGCUGUGAGAGAGAUGGCCUGGGGAGUGGAGCAAGGCCUGCUGGACCCCAGUGAUGUCUCUGAGUCUCUGCUCGAUAAAUGCCUCUAUACCAACCACUCUCCUCAUCCUGACAUCUUGAUACGAACUUCUGGGGAAGUGAGGCUCAGCGACUUCCUGCUCUGGCAGACCUCCCACUCCUGCCUGGUGUUCCAACCCGUUCUGUGGCCAGAAUACACAUUUUGGAACCUCUGUGAGGCCAUCCUGCAGUUCCAGAUGAACCAUAGCAUGCUUCAGAAGGCCCGAGACAUGUAUGCAGAGGAGCGGAAGAGGCAGCAGCUGGAGAGGGACCAGGCUGCAGUGACAGAGCAGCUGCUGCGAGAGGGGCUCCAGGCCAGUGGGGAUGCCCAGCUCCGACGGACACGCUUGCACAAACUCUCAGCCAGACGGGAAGAACGGGUCCAAGGCUUCCUGAAGGCCUUGGAACUCAAGCAGGCUGACUGGCUGGCACGUCUGGGCACUGCAUCAGCCUGAGGGAGGCUGGCGUCCUGUCACUUUGCCCUGCCCUUUGCCUCCGGGGCCCCACUCCUCUUUCUUUUCUUGGUGAAAGGCACCUCCCUCCUGAUGAAUUGUGUUCCCUUUGCUUGGCAGGGGAACCCCAGAGGCCAGGUCUGCUGGCCAUAGAUACCUUUUGGCUGCCUGGGACAGCGGCCCCUAGAGAGGGUUGAGGUGAGAGUCUCCCACAAGUACACUAAACCCAGCUCUGGUCACCAAUAGGUUCAGAGAGCAGGGGGUCCCAGCUCUUCUGCUGCCUGCUCCUUCCGCCUUUGCCACCUCUACUUGUGCUCCUAGCUGCACUUUCUUUUUCCACCAGCACAUCCUUCAACACACAGAAUUGAGGGGAAGAGCCCUCCCCAAAACCCUCGCCCUGUACUCAUCUAUCUUAGCCUUCCACCCAACUUUCACAAAAGAUUUGGCUCCACCUUGGAUCUGCUGGUAAAUAGCUAAUAGGCAGCCAGCAUUAUUUGGGCAAGGAAGGGGAGGGAGACACAGAAAGAAAAUGUGCCCAUCUGCAGCUCCUCCCCCUUGGCUCUCCACCUGGGAUUUGCUAUUGAAUCUCUACUCCCUCCCACCACGCAGUGCUGAUUGCUCACUGAAAGGCUCAGCGCCCCCAAUGGCGCUCAGAAGCCAGGCGGGUGAUUACAAUCCAAUUACCUAUUGUCGACUCAGCCCACACAAGCUUUCCUGCUCCUCUUGCAGGGCAAGGGGCCAGGUUCCACUCCCCAGUGAAACUGGUCCCCUCCAUGGGUACAGGGAAACUGAAGGGCCUGUAGGCCCUGGUGAAUCUAAUCCAGCACAGGCCUCCUUCCCUGGAACACAUCAGGACCAGGAGCACAGAAACAAGUGCUUCUCCCAGCUGACUCGGCCUCCCCACCUCAUCAUCUCAGACUCCUUCCCACCUCCUCAAUCUUUGAGGCUGCUUCUCUCAGCUUUUUGACCUGGCCCUCUAAGGGGGCCCUGAAACAAUUUCUUCUCAGCGUGGCAAAGUCUCAGCUUGUGAGGGCCAAGGCUGCCCAGCAGGAAGAGGGCCAAAUCAAGGGCCAUGUCCUUUCCCUUACCUCUCCCUGCCAGGCCUCGCUGCAGAGCUGCUGAGAGGAUUAGUGCCUUUGAUGGGCUGUCUGUCUGAGCAGUUCUGUGCUUCAGGUGUCCCUGAGCAGCAAGUGCCGGCUGGGAAUACCAACCAAAUGCUA